CCCCUUUAUAUCCUUCCCCUCCCCCAACACUAUGAUCACCUUGUCGGCCCCUUUCAUCUCUCUUUCUCUUCCUUCGUGCUGGAAGAAACCUUCAAUAUAAUUACAAUCUUGCUUUUAUCCCUCUCUCUCUCUUCUACUUCUACAGAGCUUCUUCAUUAAUUAAUUCCCUCCCUCUGUCUUGAUCUAAUAAAACAGUCUCCACAGCACAGCAUGAAACAAAAACAUGAACAAAACUUGACCCUCCAAAGAAGCAAGAGCGCCACUGCCAGCAUCAGCACAAGAAACAACAACAGAAGAAUUAUCGCUACAAACCACCACUUCCGACGGUCGUCCGAGAUAUCCGAUGAUGUCUCGGACAAACUCCUCGUAAGGCGAGGAUCAUUAUCCUUGGUCUCUUCCUUCUCAAUCCAACAGCAACAACAACAGCAUCCGAAACAAACAACAAGGAAUAAGCUAUCCUCACUCCUAUGCUCAUUCCUCAACAUUUUCACCUUUCAAACCAUCAUCCCUACGUGCAAGUGGCUCACCAUCCCUUCAACAGCACUAUCUGUUAAUUCAACGACUCUCGGCCGGAAGGUAACUGGAACGCUCUUCGGCCACCGCCGGGGAAACAUCUCCUUCGCCGUCCAGCUCGACCCGCGCUCGGAGCCCGUCCUCCUCCUCGAGCUCGCCAUCUCCACCUCCUCCCUCGUCAAGGAGAUGUCCUCCGGCCUCGUCCGCAUCGCGCUCGAGUGCAGGAAGAGUACUCCUGCAGCCCCCGUGACAGACGGCGGAGGAGGCCGGCCGAGGAGGCUGUUCCACGAGCCGGCGUGGAGCAUGUACUGCAACGGCAGGAAGUGCGGCUAUGCCGUGUCCCGCCCGUGCGGGGAUCUGGACUGGCACGUGCUGAGCACCGUGCAGAGCGUGUCAGCGGGCGCAGGUGUUAUCCCAGGCGAGUUGAUGUACAUGAGGGCCAGGUUUGAACGAGUCGUUGGGAGCCGUGACUCGGAGGCGUUUUACAUGUUAAAUCCUGAUGGUAAUGGAGGACCUGAACUCAGUAUUUUCCUCUUGAGAUUGUGAUCAUGAUCAUAGUGAAAAUUGUAAAUUGGAACAAAAAUAAAUGUCAUGAGAUUGAUGUAAUGUUAAGCUGGGUAGGUGUGAAAGUGAAACUAUAAGUGUGAUUACAUAUUCUUAGAUCAGAUAAAUUUGCGUAUACUUUUCGAUUCA